GUUUCAGUGGACACAUGGGGGAGCAGCCGAUGAUCAGUAUUCGAUAGCCUUCAAAGAGCAGAGAGAUGAACACAACUGAGAAGUUUUACCUUCCCGUUGAUGGCAUCCUCGAGUCGUUCAACUCCUUUACAGGGCAUCGGUUUCUUACUGCGCAUCCAUUUCUCCACAGCGCAACUCUCACUCCAGUUUUCCAGCACACCAAAGUCUCAAAUUUAUCUAAAACAGGCAUGGGCAUCAUCAAAACGGUCAAAGGCUACUGGAGAGGGCAGGAUAAGAGAGUGGUUGUGCGCAGAUCCUCAAGCUCUGGCAAUCGGCAAGUGUCGACGGAUCGACUCCCGAAAAGUUCAGUGGAUCUCUCGGAGCUGGGUCAGACCAAGUCCAGGAACUGUCACAGAAUAGUUGUGCUUGGGGCGCCCAGAGUAGGUAAAACCAACAUCCUGCGGCGGUUCUUAGGUGAAGACUAUGAAGAGCAAUAUGAGCCCACGGUGGAGGACUUCUACAGAAAGCUGUUCCACAUUGGAGGGGAGGCGUACCAGGUGGAUCUCCUGGAUGCUUCGAGUGAGAGAGACUUCCCUGCAAAGCGGAGACUGUCCAUCCUGACGGCUGACAUCUUUCUGCUCGUCUUCAGUUUGGAUGACAGAGAGUCUUUGGAUGAAGUCCGUGAGCUGCUCAACGAGAUCAAAGCUGCGAAGGCAAAGUUACUCAAAUCAAACCAUCCAAUGAGAGUGCCAGCCGUAGUAUGUGGGAAUAAAGCGGACCUAGACGCUCGGAGGGUCGUCAGUCGAUCAGAGGUAGUUAAAAUCCUCGGCGAGGACGUCCCCUUCUUCGAAACCUCCGCUAAAAACGGCAUCGGACUGGAAGGUGUGUUCAGAGCUCUGGCCACAUUGGGUGGUCUACCUGACGAGACCAGCCCGUCGCAGCAUCAGAUGAUACCCAUCCUCUCCUACCAGUCUAUGUGCAUCAGCAAGCGAGGCAGGAGGAGGAGACACUCGCGGGGACUCAGCGCGCCCUGCGCCGCCGUGGACCCUCUUGCGCGCCGCCCGAGCUUCACCAGCGACCUGCGGCUGGUGCUUGGAUCAAGCACCAAACACAAAAAACCCGAGAUGUGUCAGAUUCAAUGAAUUAUGAAACUUCUCGAUAAAACAAAUUGUGGUAGUAUACUGCAAUAUCAUAUAUGUAAGGAGUUAUACUCCUAUAGCACCUGGCCGGACCGGUGCGUUCUUAUUUUGGUUUUGUAUGUAUUAUAUGAUCAUUUAAUAAAAGUUGAUAAGCUCUAA